AUGACCGAGAUACCAGAAGCUUGUCACGUUGACAUCAAUCUAUAUGAGGAGGAUGGCAAGACCUUGUACUUAACGAGAUCCCUGUCAGGUUCGUGCUGUUUCCACGUCUUUAACGGCUGUGAUCCCAGCCACUUCAAGUACUCCGACCAAAACGCCGUCGAGUUGAACGCAUUAAGACGUCAGGAGCCCACAUCAGGAGAUUCCCAAGCUCGCGCUUCUUGUCGUCGAACACUCUCGGAGCUCACCAACUGCGCUUCGUCAGCUGUGGAGUUCGUGGCUCUUUGCUCCAGCGGACGCGUCAAGGAAGCCUUCCAGAACUUCACGUCUGAAAUAUGGUCCGACCCCCGUUUGUUUUCCCACCUCCUCCGGGCAUCUACACCCGGAAAUUCGCUUCCUUUAGGGCGACAGAUUCAUUCUCUGGUGAUCACUUCAGGGUGCUCGGACAGGUUCGUGUCCAACCAUUUGCUGAACAUGUACUCCAAGUGCGGAGAGCUGCAGACUGCUCUGAAGUUGUUCGACCGCAUUCCUUGGGCGAAUAUCAUGUCCCGUAACAUUCUAAUUAACGGGUACUUGAACAUUGGUGAUUUGGAGGGUGCCCGGAAAGUGUUCGAGGAAAUGCCUGAGCGAAAUGUUGCCACUUGGAAUGCAAUGGUGACUGGUCUUGUAAAAUUUGAGUGUAAUGAGGACGGGUUGGGUUUGUUCAAAGAGAUGCAUGAGGCGGGUUUCUUGCCUGAUGAGUACGCUUUGGGGAGUGUUCUCAGGGGUUGUGCUAGUUUGAGAGCUCUGCAUGCAGGGCAGCAGAUCCAUGCUUGCGCAGUGAAGAGUGGGUUUGAACUCAAUUUGGUGGUUGGGAGUUCAUUGGCUCAUAUGUACAUGAAGUGCGGAAGCAUGGAAGAAGGCGAAGGGAUAAUCAGCUCUAUGCCGAUUCGCAAUGUGGUUGCUUGGAAUACUCUUAUUGCAGGGAAAGCCCAACAUGGGUCACCUGAGGGAGUUUUAGAUCAGUACAAUAUGAUGAAAAUAGCAGCUGUGAAACCCGAUAGGAUCACUUACGUGAGUGUGAUUACUGCGUGUUCAGAUCUGGCAACACUAGGCCAGGGUCAACAAAUUCAUGCAGAAUUGAUCAAAGCCGGGGCUACUUCAGCAGUUAGCGUCAUGAGUUCUUUGAUUAGCAUGUAUUCAAAGUGCGGGUGUUUAGAGGAUUCUUUUAAGGCUUUCACAGAAUGUGUGGAUGCGGAGGCAGAUGGCGUACUUUGGAGCUCAAUGAUUGCAGCAUAUGGAUUUCAUGGGCAAGGAGAGAGAGCUAUUGAGUUGUUUAAACAAAUGGAGAUUGAAGGAGUGGAGGUAAAUGACGUAACAUAUUUGAGUUUGCUGUAUGCUUGCAGUCAUCGUGGCUUGAAGGAUGAGGGGCUCAAGUUUUUCGACUCUAUGGUGGAGAAGCAUGGGGUGAAUCCCCGGUUGGAACAUUAUACAUGCAUGGUUGAUCUCCUGGGACGUUCAGGUUGUCUGAAGGAAGCGGAGGUGAUGAUUAGAUCCAUGCCAUUGAAAGCAGACGCUGUAAUAUGGAAAACUUUGUUAUCUGCAUGCAAAGUCCACAAGAAUGCAGACAUGGCCAGAAGAGCUGCAGAGGAAGUUCUUAAGAUUGAUCCGCAGGAUUCAGCUUCUUACGUGCUCCUUUCGAAUAUACACGCUUCUGCUAAGAGAUGGCAAGAUGUUUCUGAGGUCAGAAAAUCCAUGAGAGAGAAGCAAGUGAAGAAGGAACCGGGGGUGAGUUGGGUGGAGCUCAAGAAUCAAGUUCAUCAGUUCGUGAUGGGCGACAAGUCCCAUCAAUACUCAAAGGAGAUAAAUGCGUAUCUGAAAGAGCUUACCGUGGAGAUGAAGCUGCGCGGCUACGUGCCCGAUAUGGGCUCGGUUUUGCAAGAUAUGGAUGAUGAGGAUAAAGAAUAUAGCUUGGCACACCAUAGUGAGAAGUUGGCCAUUGCAUUUGCUCUGAUGAAUUCUGCCACAGAUGCACCAAUCAGAGUGAUAAAAAACUUGCGGGUCUGCAGUGACUGUCAUGUUGCAAUAAAGUACAUAUCGGAGAUUAAAAACCGAGAAAUUAUUGUGCGGGAUGCAAGUAGAUUUCAUCAUUUUAAGAAUGGCCAAUGCUCAUGUGGAGAUUACUGGUGCCUCUUGUGACCACCACUCUUGCCGAGGUGCGCAAACUGGAGGAGAUGGCUGAGCUCCUGCCAAGGCACCAGCUGAACCUCGGUGUCGG